AUGUCAAAAGCAUCUCGAAUUCCACAGCCAAAGGCUGCCGCUGCUGCACCUUCAACUUCAAGGACGGCGGGGGCUGGGACUAGUCGGGAGGCGCCAAUGAUGCAAGCGGAGAUGGACGUGGACGCACUACAUGCACGCCUCGCCCUUCUCGGCGCGCCGCCUGUAUCAAAAGAGGAGUUGGGGAGACUUACAAAAGGUGCUUUUGGAGAGGCGUUGUUCUUCCUUGCGGAGAGUGUGAGAGGGAGGAGCGGUGUGGGGGUGGUUAGGACAAAGUUGGACGAACUGCUUAGCGACGAAGUUUCGAGGAGGAGGCUUUCUGGGGAUGGGAUGGGAGCGGCGAGAAUGGAGAUGCGGAAGGCUUCUUCGAGGCUUGAAGGCGCGAGACGCGAGGUUGAGGGUCUGGAGGUGCAGCUAAGGCAGCGGGAAGCCGCGCUAUGCUCAGAUGAAAAAGAGGUGAGGCGGCUUGAGGGAGUGCUGGUCCGCGAACGCCACGUUGAUUUGCUGCUGUUGGCUCUAGAGAGGAAGGAAAGGGCGAGAAAGGAACGGGUUGAGGCGAUGGAGGGGUUGUUGAAGGAGUUUAGGCAACGUGUGCAGGAGCGGAGCUUACAAGUAAAUGGUUCUAAGAGAACGGCUCCUGUCCUUACUCAGCAGGUCAUCAAACAACGGCUACCCUCUCACAAGCUGAUGAAGACAAGCCAUACUAAAGACGCUUUGACGCGGCUACAUGCCCAUCAUAUAUAUCUCAGCAAUCUUGCUUCUCAGGGACAAGGUCAAGAUUCAAACAAACUCGAGCUUCGCCUUCGCAAAGCUAUAGCUAGGUCGGAAAACCUUGUAGAGUCUGACGAAAGGGUGGAGGCACUAUUCCAGCAUGUCAAAGCCUCUGCGCAUGCGAACGCCAGAAGCAAAGUGCAUUUUUCUUCCGACAACGUCAAGGCAACGGACCCUGCUGAGGCACUGGCAUCUAAAAACGCGAGGCAAAAACUGUUGCAGGAGGUAUAUGAUCGUUCUAUUGCACUGGGAUUUCUGUGCGAUCAUCAUCUUGCAUCUUUAUACACUUUCAGUACUCACACUUCUGCUGCUUUGCGAGCCGCACUGCAGGAUGAGGCGCCUUUGACGAAGGGGUAUAUCAGCGCGCUUUCACAACACAUUACCGAUGUUGCUGUUAAUAAGCCUGAUACCACUAGUCUGCGGAUACAAGAAGAAUGUGGAGUAUUAGGCAAUGUGACGCAACAAUAUGUACUUGAAGUGACAGAAAAGAAAAUAAGAAGAGUGCAUGAUGCGGAGACGUUCCUCGUAGGAGUGCAGAUUAAUAAACCACAUACCAGUGACGAAGACUCGCUGCUCAUCGGUUCGUUCCCUGCUCUUUUCCUCAACAAAAAGGCUGCGCUCUCAUCUCGCCUUCCCCCAGCCAACUAUACCCGUGAUUCAAGGCUGGCACACGAUCAGGCCAGCAAGCUACUUGCGCGAAAAUCGGAAAAGGUCGAGAUGGGACAGGCGAUUUUGAAGGAUAUCGAGACGAUUCACAGGGAGGCUAAGAUGAUAUGUGAUGCUGGUUUGGUGUAG